AGGCGCCAAAGAUCUUCUUCGGAAGCAGAAAACCCGCGUCAGUAGCCAAAUACUAACAACAUAUUAUUACCAAUCAGCAUUACUGCACAGCAUACUUAUUCUACUCCAUUUCCAACAAUUUCUAAUUUUUACAAAAGAGACUUUAAACUCAAAAUGAAUUCAAAGAAAAUCCUAUUCGUGUCCUUAGUAAUAGUGGUGAUAUCAGUGGUUGUAAAUUGUUAUCCAGCAGAGACGGAUUCGACGAAUGGGACUUCAAAGGAGGCUGAAGAUGAAGUAUGUCAGUUAUCAUCACAGUGCGGGUGGGCUGUUUACAAACCUUUUACAAGAGAUAUCGACUAUUUCAUGAAAAAUAAAUGCCGUUGUCCAGAAGAAUCCAAAUGUCUUAGAGCUGAGGAUGAUAUAUCCUUGAACGCUUUUGUUUACAGAUGCAAAAAACCAGGAGAGUAAAAUUCAUAUAAAAUACUAAAUUA